UUCCCUUCACGACCGAAUGGCGAUUUAUGUUAAUUUAUGUUGUUUGACGUGGUUUGACGUACAUUUAGCAAUAAUAUAUUAGCCUUAUCGAACUUGUUUUCGGAGAUCAUCUGCCGUAAAAGGGAAAGAAGAUAUAUAGCAAUAUGUAUAAUAGCAUUUAUUAGUUUUAUUCGAAAAGCGUGCAUUUAUGUUACUAUGUCGAAAGCCAAAGUUACAGCGGAAUGGAGGAAGAGGGUAAAGUCGGAAUACAUGCGAUUGCGGCAAAUGAAACGCUAUAAACGAGCGGACGAAGUCAAGAUCGCGUGGAACCAGAAUCGUAAGAUUAUGACAGAACUUCUUAUGGCUGAACAAAAGCGUUGGACAGAUGGAAAGGCAAUGUGGCUGUCAAUGCAAGACAUUCCACCUCAUCUUUCUUGUAUGAAGAAAGCUGAAAUUACUAGUCCUGAUGGCGAUGUACAAAGUUGUCCUGUAAAAAUAAUUAAUGCAGUGACUCCUAUACCAACCAUGUAUACAUGGGCUCCCAUUCAACAGAACUUUAUGGUAGAGGAUGAAACCGUUUUGCAUAACAUUCCUUAUAUGGGUGAUGAAAUUUUAGAUCAAGAUGGUACUUUUAUCGAGGAGCUUAUAAAAAAUUAUGAUGGAAAGGUCCAUGGUGACAGAGAAUCUGGUUUUAUGGAUGAUUCUAUCUUUGUCGAUUUGGUGAAUGCUCUAGCAAAUUAUGAGAAAGAAGAUAAAGACAAGGACCAAGUAAAGAAAGGAAAGGAACCCUUAAAAGAGAAAGAAAACCAAAAGGAAAACGACAAGAAAGAUGAAACAAAAGGUGAAACAGAAAAAACUGAAAGUGGGAAGACAGCUGUUACUCCAUUUCCAUCAAUGCAUAUAUUUAAUGCUAUAUCAAGCAUGUUUCCCGAUAAAGGAAGACCCGAAGAAUUAAAAGAAAAAUAUAUUGAAUUAACAGAAAGAUUUGAUCCAAAUGUUUUACCGCCAGAAUGUACGCCUAAUAUAGAUGGUAUAAAUGCAAGAAGUGUACCUAGAGAACAAACGAUGCAUUCUUUUCAUACUUUGUUCUGCAGGAGAUGUUUCAAGUACGACUGCUUCUUACAUCCAGCCAGGGGGACCUCGCCGCAAGGUCUUCAAGUUUGCCAUCCAGGUCCGAAUUUGCUGAAGCGGAAAGGACCCGAUUUGAAACCGUUUCCAGAGCCAUGUGGGACUGAAUGUUACAUGCAUUUGGAGGGGAUGAAGGAAAAGCUGGCGGCACAAGCGGCGGAUAUAAAAGAAGAAGAAGGCGAUGAGAAACGUGGUGGUCCUAGGAAAGUACGAAAACAAGCGAGUGUUGAUUCUGGAAAUGAAGCGAGCAGCGAGGAUAGUAACGAUAGUAAUAAGUAUGGUCAAGGAGGCAGUUGUCAAGACUUUAAGCAAAACGUUAACAAAAACUCCCAAUCUGAAGAAAUGAUGGAAGAUCAAGCACAGCCUGAAAAUCAAGCGCCCUUCACGUUAUUAGGAAUUGGUAAACGAAGUAAAACUGAAAGUGAAUUCUCAUGGACAGGUUCAGAACAGAGCUUGUUUCGAGCUCUUCACAAAGCUUUCCCCGGCAAUCCAUGUGCAUUAGCACAAAUUAUAUUAACGAAAACUUGCCAGGAGGUGUAUGAAUUUGCACAAAAAGAGGCUUCGGAUAUUCCCGCUAUAGAAAAUCUGAAGGACUUCACGCCACCGCGUAAAAAGAAAAAGAAGCAUCGGUUAUGGUCUAUGCAUUGCAGGAAGAUACAACUUAAGAAGGAUUCUGGUGCUAAUCAUGUUCAUAAUUUCGCACCUUGCGAUCAUCCAGGUCGCCAGUGCGACAAUUCAUGUCCCUGCAUACAGGCACAGAAUUUUUGCGAAAAAUUCUGUCAAUGCAGCAGCGAGUGUCAAAAUCGAUUUCCUGGUUGUAGAUGUAAAGCUCAGUGCAACACGAAACAAUGCCCGUGUUAUUUAGCUGUAAGAGAAUGUGACCCGGAUCUUUGUCAAACGUGUGGCGCUGAUCAAUUCCAUAUCACUAAAAUAUCCUGUAAAAAUGUCAGCGUGCAACGUGGUCUUCACAAGCAUCUUCUAAUGGCACCUUCAGAUGUAGCAGGAUGGGGAAUUUUCCUAAAAGAGUCAGCGGCGAAGAAUGAAUUUAUUUCAGAAUACUGCGGCGAAAUUAUUAGUCAAGAUGAAGCCGACAGAAGAGGAAAAGUAUAUGAUAAAUAUAUGUGCAGUUUUCUCUUCAAUCUUAAUAAUGAUUUCGUCGUUGACGCAACAAGAAAAGGGAAUAAAAUAAGAUUCGCCAAUCAUUCCAUAAAUCCCAAUUGUUACGCAAAAGUAAUGAUGGUGAACGGUGAUCACAGAAUAGGUAUUUUUGCUAAAAGAGCAAUACAACCUGGUGAAGAAUUAUUUUUUGAUUAUAGAUAUGGACCAACGGAGCAACUCAAAUUUGUUGGCAUCGAGCGAGAAAUGGAAUUUCUUUAAGAAUUUGUAUUUUAUAUAUAUGUAAUCACACACAUAUAAAUAAUACGCUGAA